AACGAUGCCACGGCCCAAACCCUCAACUACGCCCUGGGCAAUCUGGGGGGGAAACAGAAGAGCUGGAUGGUAGAGCCUUUGGAUAAUGCGCCUGUGCCUGUUGAAGCGCCCACACCCACACGAACCCCCCCAGGCCCUAUACGCCGUCGAGGAAGACCCCCCAAGCAUCCCGCACCAUGGCCUCCAAUGCCCAACCUGCCGAAAAAGAAGGCCAAACCACAGGCUGCUAGGACCGCCCGCCCAACGCAGGACCCUCCGACCGAACCGCAGGCUUGCUCAAACUCAAAUUCCCCCCAGCUCGCCAACACCCUCACCCGGCGAGAUAGCACUAAUCAUGGUCCAUCGGCCAUCACCGUGUUUCCAUCACCCCCUCCAAGCGUUGAGAACUGGGACCCGGCUGCGCCCGCACAAACAACGCGCCAAGGCGAGAAUGCAGUCCCCUUCGGCCCCCCACGUACUUUGUUCCGUGGCACGACUCAACACCCUUUCUCCGAACCUGCACAUGUAGGCCAUGCCCCUGUCCCUCAAAGUGCGCAAUCACCACAACAAUUGGCAGCCCCUCCCAACUUUUCGUCUGCGUUGCAUAACUCUCUACCUGUUUUAAGUGCCCAAUUAACUUCGCGUAUCCACUCGACCCAUCACCACCCCGAUAGGAGGCGGCUGAUGGCGCUCAAAGAUGCCUUGGCGGACCGAGACUGGGCCUAUCUCACCAUGCACCAAUACUACUGUCUGCUCACCUUCAACCAAGGCGUAGUACCACACCAGGUGCUGACUCAUCCGAGCCUGCGCACGGCUUGUGAUAUGAUGAAAACCAUCCUACAGGCGAACGAGACGUUAACGAAUGCUGUUCUCGGCUUCCUUUGCGACUUUCCGUAUUCCUUGUUGGACAUGGCAGACAAGUGGCCAUCUGAUUUCCAGCAUCACGGAGAAUUGUUCUUGUCGUUCAUAACGCAUUCGCCGAAUUGGGACCGCUUGAACAUCAUAUGUCAGAAUCGAAAGUGCCCACCACUUGCGCGGGAACUUGCCGUUGACAUCAAAAUCGCUUCCCGGACGUUCCAGCGUCUUGUAUUUUUAUCCUUUGUGCGGUACACCUGGCUACGGAAAGCUGACGAUUCGCUAAGAAUACCAUGCGAGGCCAAUGUGGUUGCCAUUUUCAAAAAGAACCAGGACGACUUUUACCGGCGAGCGUCUUUGACAGCUAACGUACAGGCCUCUAAUCUCCAGAUCAACCAACAAGAGAAGGAAUCGGAGUUGCGUAUGUUCGGUUCCCAGUUUAAGCAAGUCAUCGCCGGGUUAGAGUUGAGCCUUCCACAAGGACAAAAUCGCUUUGCCCGUGCCGCACCUUCCAACCAGAUGGCGCCACGUUCUGGCAGACCUGUAAACCCACACGGGCCUCAGACCACCCAGCAAGCAAGCGGACCGGGGCGCUCUCGCACACAGAACGUCCCAGGAUCUCACAUUCAGUCAGUACAACUGCCGCGUCGACGGCCUUUACUUCCCCCGCCUGGUUGGACACAACCUCAGCAGCGGCAGCCUAAUCCCGGUCGGUUCAGUCUGCACCAAGCCCAUCUCCGGAGCCCUGUUCUACAAGCUCGCCUUGUUCCGUCGCCUUUAUAUCACUUUGCGGUGGGAUUCAUUCAGCCUCCAACACGACUUGUUCACGCUGGUCGAGCAAUUGAGAGAUGCAGCUUUACCAGGACACGCGAUGCUAUGCAACACAUUGCCAAGACUGUGCCUGGUGCAUUAGGCGAACCUGAUACACGAUCCGUCUGUGAAGGAAGCCAGACUGUUCGUUUACGUUGUAUCAAGUGGCCUGCUGGUGCAGAAUUGCCGAAUGAACACGCCUGGGCAGUGGCUGACACCGCGUGGGUACCCAACUCACACAUCACCUUUAACGGCAAAUACCUGCAACAGCGAAAGAAGAUCCACCAUGGCAAAGACUUGCCAAUCGUCAUUACUGGGCUGCUUAAAGAGGGCGUCAAUAAAUUGGAAAUUGCGGUCCUGGCCCAGUCACAUGACCUGUCACCUCAAAACUACCUUUUCGCUAUCGAGAUACUCAGCUUUAAAAGUCAUGACGCUAUCAAGCAGCACUGUCUCACCAACAGGCCUGUACCAGCUGAACAGAUUUUGGAAGGUAUCAAGAAAAAGCUUCAUGGUACCAACAAUGACGAAAUUUCUAUCCUGGACAGUAACACGACUAUCAAUCUCUUCGAUCCCUUCAGUGCUUCUAGGAUGUGCGACAUUCCUGUUCGUAGCGUAGCGUGUCUACACAACGAUUGCUUCGAUCUCGAAACCUUCCUCCAGACACGACAGCGCAAGAACGAUACUUCCGUGCCCGACCAAUGGCGUUGCCCAAUUUGCAACGCAGAUGCUCGGCCACACUAUUUAUUCGUCGACGGCUUUAUUGAGCAUGUCCAUAAACAGCUCAAAGCGCAAGGCUUGCUGCGAACAAGGGCAAUUAUUGUUCAGCAAAAUGGCACAUGGAAGCCGAAGCCGGAGGUGUGCGAUCCCAAUGGGGUCUCUGACCGCGGCGCAUCUGAGGAGAAUCCUACACCGACCAGGGCACAAUUUUCGAUACCAGCACAUGUGGAUGUGAUUGAUCUUUGCGACUAA